AUGAACGUAAUACGUGCUGUGCAAUUGUACAUCGAUAAAAUGAUCGCUGAUACUGGACCGGGUAUGAAGAUACUCAUGAUGGAUCGAGAAACGAUUAGUGUCGUUUCUAUGGCCUUUGCUCAGUCGGAAAUGCUUCAGAAGGAGGUGUAUCUCUUCGAACGCCUCGAUUCGGUACGAUCGGAUGAAAAGCUAAAGUACUUGAAAUGCAUCGUAUUUGUACGCCCCACGCGUGAUAACGUGCUGAGGUUGCAGCAAGAGCUACGGAGUCCGAAAUUUGGAUCCUAUUACAUAUAUUUCAGUAACAUUAUCCCCCGAACGGACAUCAAAGCAUUAGCCGAGUGCGAUGACAGUGAAGCCGUGCGGGAUGUGAAGGAACUGUAUGCCGACUACCUGCCGGUCAAUCCCAACUUGUUUUCGCUGCACAUUCCGUCUUGCCUACAAGCGCUCAGCUGGAAUCCGGAAGCACUGGACCGGGCGACCCAAGGUUUAGUAAGCGUGUUGCUAUCAUUUAAAUUUCGGCCGGCCAUCCGCUAUCGGGCGGGAUCAACCGCGGCGCAAACGCUCGCGAAAAAGGUGCACGAAACAAUUAAUAAGGAAACGGCUCUAUUUAGCUUCCGACCACCGGAGGACGGAGCGGCACCGCCGUUGCUACUUAUACUCGAUAGACGUGACGACCCGAUUACACCUCUGCUUAACCAGUGGACGUAUCAGGCAAUGGUCCACGAGCUGCUUACGAUCAAAAAGCAGCGCGUCGAUCUAUCGGAAGUAACGGGCGUCCCGAAGGAUCUCAAAGAGGUAGUGCUCUCGACGGAACAGGACGAGUUCUACGCAAAUAAUUUGUACGCCAACUUUGGUGAGAUUGGAACCACGAUCAAGGUGCUCAUGGACGAAUUCCAAAAGAAAGCGCACGAUCAACGAAAGAUCGAGAGCAUCAGCGACAUGAAAAACUUUGUCGAAACGUACCCCCAGUUCCGCAAAAUGUCCGGUACUGUCACGAAGCAUCUGGUGCUGAUCAGCGAGCUGUCGGUGCAGGUCGGUCAGCAACAGCUGUUUGAGGUGUCGGAACUGGAGCAGGAAAUAGCCUGUCGAGCAGAUCAUUCCACCCAGCUGCAGCGGGUGAAGCGGCUCGUGUCGGAGGGCAAGAUCAGCACCGCCAACGCCUUACGGCUUGUUUUACUGUACGCAAUGCGCUACGAACGACACGCUAAUUGUGACACGUCCGGUUUGUUGAAGCUGCUGCAGGAUCGUGGCGGCCGGGCGCACAUUGUUCCACGGAUGCUCGAAUACAUUAGUACGGUCGCAAGGCAGGAGCUGUUCAACACGGUAAAAAUAACCGAUGCGGUCAAGCUAACGCGCAACCUCAUCAAAGAGCUGAAGGGUGUCGAAAACGUGUACGCCCAGCAUGAGUGCAUGCUUAAGGGAACGAUCGAGGAGGUCGUCAAGGGCAGACCGCUGGACGCACAGUAUCCAAUUAUGGGUAAUGAGGUUCCGUACCGUAGGCCACCUGCGGAAGUGAUCGUCUUCAUCGUUGGUGGGGCCACGUACGAGGAAGCGCUGGCGGUUCAUCGGUACAACCAGGAAGGCUGUCGGGUCGUGCUGGGAGGAACGACGAUCCACAAUUCGGAAUCGUUCAUCGAGGAGGUGCUCGCGGCUACUGUAGGUGUACCGUUUAAGCACUCGCGAUCAUUGCAACAGUUCCACCAGGCUCCGGCCGGCACCGCUUAAGUACCGCGGGGAGGACGAAAAAAGGAGACAUAUGGGUAAUUGAAAUUACAUGAUUCGUAUUUAACACAGACGUUCCAAACCUCCACACCGCAGGUGCUUUUUUUGGAAACGCGAACGUGAGUGGUGGGUGUAUCUUAUUAGCUUAUUUAUUCGGAUGGCGACGAACCUAGA